UUGGUUAAGAUGUGCACACCGAAGACCCUCAGUGACCCAUCACACUCGUCCUCUUACUUUUUUCUCGCAAAACAACCAUUCAGUCGCUGCUCCUCUGCCAGAAUGUACACAAUGGACAGAAUCUGGAUUCCCAUCAUCAUAGGUUUCAUCUGUGUUUGCGCACAGCAAUGCCCCGAGAGAAACGGGAGGUUCGCAGAUCCGCGGCAGUGCGACAAGUAUGUUGAAUGUCAGGAAGGAGAGGCGACUGAAAAACUUUGCCCCGACGGCCUGCUCUUCAACCCCAAGGUCGGGCUGUUCGGUUAUCCUUGCGGCUACCCCAAAGAUGUCGACUGCACAGGGAGGGAGGCUACUCAGCCUCCACAGCCUACCUCAGAGUGUCCACACCAGUUUGGUUACUUCAAGAUAGGUGACGCUGCUAAUUGUGGACAGUUUAUGAACUGUGCCGAUGGAAGGGGAUACGUCUUUGACUGUCCAGAAGGCUUGGCCUUCGACUCGACUAAUUACCAGUGCAACUGGCCUGACCUUGUCGACGACUGCAACACUGAAGAGUUUUUGGGAUUCUCGUGCCCCGAAGAAAAGGUCAGCAGUUUGGGUCCUGUUGGAUUUGGCGGCUUCAAUUCAUUCCGCUCGCCUGACGGUGACUGCACGCGCUUCUUCAUCUGCGAGAAUGGCCGGCCGAGACUGUUCAGAUGUGGAGUCGGCAGGGCUUUCAACGAAUUCAUUGGAACUUGCGAUGGAGCCGAGAACGUUACCGGAUGUGCGUAAUCUCCAGAGGAAGAGUUGAAUAAUGAAAGACUUGUCUGUCCAACUAUGUCACAUUUAUUUCUCAUUUGUGUCCUUUCAAAAAUACAAAAUCAUUUGUAAUCAACAAUUAUUUUAGCGACAUGCAUUCUGUAUCAUCAUCAUUCGCGUACAAGUUAAGGGGUGUAGUACAUAAUACUCAACAAAAAUUAAAUUACUUCAUCAGAGUCGAACUAUUUACAAUAAGCAACAAAAUGUGUUUUGGAAGAUGAUUAUGAUGUAACUCUAAACUGUACAAGCUGGCGGUGGAAAAAAUAAAUUAAAAGCAUAUACUUCACAAAUGA